AUGUAUUUGUUUAUAUGCCAAGGCUUAAUGUUCAAUGCUCGUCGAGCUCAGGAACAAAAUAAUAUUUUUUAUCGGGAUGCACCAAUAUUCUUGCAUAUAAUAUUAGCUGUCCUGUAUCUUGAAAAAGAACCUUUUCGUGAUUUAGCAUUGUUAAGCAAAUGGAUAGAAAUUGAUAAAAAGAACGACGAACGAUUAAUCGCAUCAGCAGAUAUCGAUGCCCAAUAUUGGAUCGAUGUGAUUUUUAAGAUUAGACAAUAUAAUAAAAAAAAACAAAAACUAUCAAAACAAACCGAAAAGGAUCAUCGACCAUUUCGGUAUCAACUACUUCAUGAACAUUUAAAUAAUAUAAAUAUAAAUGUUGUUUAUCAUAUUCGUUAUCAUGAUACAAUUGAUCUUCAAACAGAUCAAGAUUUUAUUUGUACAAAUCAUUUUCUUCAAUCACUUUAA